CUCGCGCCGCCCCCAGCUCUCCCAGGCCGCUCGGGCUCGCGGGGCUCGCUGCCCAUCACCCGCGGGCCCGACCCGAGAUGCUCCGAGUCGGCGCCCGUAGUUGCCUAUGGCGCCACCGCCAAGUCCAGGCCUCGACUCUCGAGAGGGCCCUCAAGCCGCGCUGUGAAGAACCACCGCGGCGAACGCCGCAAGCUCAGCCCGUCGCACCUGCUAGGCCCAGGGGGCGUCCCAAGCCGGAGCCCCCGCGGGCCCGGAAGCUCCCGCCGCCUCCACUCCUCCAACCGGGCCCGGUCCUCGCCCUCGGCUAGGCCUGCCCUGCUCCCUCCCACAGCUCCAGGACCUCAGCCCCUCCCUCAGAGGCCCGCGCUUCCCUCCACCCGCCGAGUUCCGCCGCCGCCACCCAACCGACCCCCUCCCCUCCGCGGCGCCAGCCCUGGCCCUCCUUCCGGCCCCGCCGGCCCCCGGCCGCGCGCCCCCGUUACCGGGAAUAUGGCGGCGGCCGCGGAGAGUCCCGACUAGGCCCGAAGCGCGCGAACCGCUCUCCGCCCCAGGUCCCGCCCCCCCCACCGGCGGCGUCACACGCACCGCUACUUCCGCCAUACGCUGGGAGGCGCCUUCCGGCUUGGGGUCCACCUCCACUGGUGAAGUCCUCAGAUCGACCGCCCGGAUUUCCCGGAAGUGGCCCGGUUGCCAGCUGCCUGUGCUAUAGGGAGAAAUGGCGGUGGUCACCUUGAUCCCGACGCUGGCGCGGGUACUAUCAAAGCAUAGUCUGCUGUCUCCUUUGCUUAGUGUGACAUCAUCCAGACGUUUCUACAGAGGUGACAGCCCAACAGAUUCUCAAAAAGACAUGAUUGAAAUUCCAUUGCCUCCGUGGCAGGAGAGAACUGAUGAAUCCAUAGAAACCAAAAGAGCCCGCUUACUCUAUGAGAGCAGAAAGAGGGGGAUGCUGGAGAACUGCAUUCUCCUUAGCCUGUUUGCUAAAGAAUAUCUGCACAACAUGACAGAGAAGCAGCUGAACCUCUACGAUCGCCUGAUUAACGAGCCUAGCAAUGACUGGGAUAUUUACUACUGGGCCACAGUUACCGUGCCAUGUUGGCUGUUGUGGUUCAAGGAUGUCAUAGAUGAGGUGAGUGCCUCCACCCUUGGGAAGUUUGAAUGGUACCGUCUUCGUUCCUUGUCUUUGGUGAAGUCACUCUCUAACCCAUGUUUAUUAAUAUAAGUUAUUUGAGUUUCAGAUCCUGUACUAGCUUUAUAUCCCAAAAUGAGCACUAGAGUGUCUUGAUUUGUUAACAGUUCAAGACCUUUCUGACCCCCUGUGAGUUGGUAUAUAAUAUUUCAUAAGUUGUCAGUAGGUUUUGACCACACAGGUUGUGAAGUGCUCUUUUCCAUUUUCUGGAAGAAUAUAUGUAGAAUUGAUGUUAUUUCUUCCAUAAAUAUGUGAUAUGAUUUGCUAAUAAUGUUAUCUGGACUACUGUUUUUCUCUCCUGGAUAUUUUAAACUAUGAAACCAGUAUUUUUUUUUUAGUAGAUACUGAAUGAUUAUAGAUAUUUCCUCUGGGGUGGGAUUCAGUCAUUUGUCUUUCAGAAUGUUUGUCAUUUCAUCUAAGUUGUCAGGUAUAUAGAUAGGGUUUUACUUGCAAUGGCUCCUUUCCUGGACCUGUAGUAUACCUCAGUCGGUGAUGCCACUUGCUGCACCAGCCUUGUGACCUGUCCUUUGGCCUCCACGUGUAUGCUGUGGUCUUUGUGUCCCUUCCCAUUAUGUACCCACACACUUACUAAGAAUAAAUAAAUAAAUUAAUUAAUUAAAAUAAGUAGGCCAGGCAUAGUGAUACACACCUCUAACCACAAUACU